AUGCUACGUACUGCUGUGCAGAGAAGAUCAAUAUCAACGUUCUAUGAAUUGUUCCCACGGACUUUUCCUAAAGGCACUCCACAGUGGAACAUAGAGCAGUCGAAACUUCGCAAAGAAUAUCGAGCACUACAAGCGCAGUAUCAUCCUGAUAUGCUUUCUGCAACGUUUGGCAAAUCAAGUGACCAUGAUGGUGGUGACCAGUCGUCUUUGUUGAAUAAAGCGUAUCAUACGUUGAAGGAUCCUUUAUUGAGAUCGCAACACAUCCUCAAAGCUGUUCAGGGUACAGAUUUAAGUCAAGAACGAAUAGCACAAGAUAUAAUGCAAAGCAAUCCAGAUCUCCUUAUACAGGUUUUGGACACGCAUGAGCAGUUAGAGGAGGUACAAAACAUUGAAGAUGUUCAUGUAAUUGAGAGAGAGAACAAACAAAGAAUCACAAGUAUCGAACAUCAAUUAGAACAAUGUUUCAACGACAAAGACUUUGCCAAAGCCUCAAAGCUUACUGUAGAAUUGAAAUAUUGGGUCAAUUUGGCGAAAGCUAUUAAAGAGUGGGAACCUGGCAAGCCGGUAACCCUCUCGCAUUAG